AUGAAGUUCGGCCUGCCCGUUGCUGUCACGAAGGCCGCUAUCAAGUUCAAACCAACUCUGUUCAUCAAGGACGGCUGCCACUCCGGAGGCUUGGACCCGAAGGCGUCCGACGACGAAUGCAAGGGAUCGGCCUUGGGCUCGCAGCUUUACAGCCAAUCUACGUGGCACCGCGACACCGGGGCCACCAUGUACGCCUGGUACUUCCCCAAGGACACAAAUCUCUAUCUGCGAGGCGUACGUCACGACUGGGUUAGCGCUAUCGUGUGGCUCGACAACCCGGCGCUCGUGAACCAAACGGUGGUCGGUGUCUCGUUAUCCCGUGGCGGGACCGAUUACGUUGCUUUCCACCCUGCUACAAGCCGAAGGUCGGCUUACCUUAUGGAGGACGGCAGGCACCCGAUGAUGGAGUACUCUGCAGAGAACACGAAGAGCGGGUACCACACCAUUGACGCCUCAUUGAGCGUGGGCGACUCCCAAGACCUCAUCCAUUGGUCGCAGCUGACGGACCAAGCACGCGAUGCACUGCAGACUGGCGACUUUGGCUCGAGCACCCUCGCCCCUUUCAAUGACGCCAACUUUGCGAAGAACCUCGAGCGGGGCUGGAUCGGAGAUUACGAGUAA